CUAACAUCUCAAAAAUCCGUCGAGGCACGAUGACGACUAAAUGUGAAGCAUCGGUUCUCUGCACCAUGCUCCUGUAAAGAUUUGCAACAGCAACCAUGGCGACGAAUCAUUUGAGCCGACUGCGUCCGCUGCUCUGUCAGUCCUUGCGAUCGCUCCGGUGUGCCCCCGCGACGCUCAGCGCCCCGCCUUUGUUCCCCAGUGGCCCGUGCCAGCCUGCCGCGUGCGUGCGGCUCUAUGCCACCAAGAAGGCUAAAGCCAAGACAAAGGGACAAGCGGCCAAGGUGAAUAUUAGCGCCGCUCUGGUGGAAGACAUCAUCAGUCUGGAGGAAGUGAAGGACGACAUGGCGGCUGUUGUCAAUGCGCUCAAAGAUGACUUCACACGUAACCUCAGCAUCAGAACCUCACCCGGAGCUCUGGACCACAUUGUGGUGUCAACGCCAGAUGGGAAGUUCCCUCUCAACCAGCUGGGCCAAGUCUCCAUGAAAUCCCCUCAGCUCAUUCUGGUCAAUAUGAGCAGCUACCCUGAGGCGACGGCAGCAGCUACCCGUGCCCUGAGAGAGAGUAGCAUGAACCUCAACCCUGAGGUGGACGGGACAAUCAUCAAGGUGCCUGUUCCGAAGGUGACACGUGAGCACAGAGAGAACCUCGCCAAAACGGCCAAGCAGUUCAGCAACAAGGCCAAAGACUCCCUGAGGAGAGUGCGCUCAAAUGCUGUGGCGCAAGUGAAAAAGGCCAAGGAGGGACACUCCGAGGACACCAUCCGCCUCGUCGAGAAACAGAUUCAGCAGAUGGCCGACGGCAUCGUCGCAGACAUCGACAAACAACUCGCAGCCAAGACCAAAGAGCUGCUCGGUUGAACGUGAGGAGACGCACCAGCGGCCGUUAGAUUCGAUACCUCGGCAUUUUGUCGCAGGCAUGUUUCAUCCGGCAACAUAAACUCAACGGCAAUAGGUUUUGGGACUCUUGCGUCGGUUUCACGUGUAAGCGGAAGAUGGAUCAAAACCGUGCGGUUCUGGACUACAACUUCCAUGACAGUGGCAGAGAUGUGAAAUGAAAUGAAAAUGGCUCUCAAACAACAGUUAUCGUUUCAAUGUGACCACUUGAAGACUAACACAUUAAUUUGGGGCCUGGUUUUGACACGCGCACGACGACCAUUCACCAAACUACAUUUACACUUGUCACAAAGAAUCCGAAUAUAAGCCUUUCCGCUCAGAACGUCUUUGAGGUCUCGCAGCGGCAAACGGGCCGCUGUCGGGCGUCGUCGCGGGAACGUCAUGUCAAAAUAUGAGCAGCAUAUUCCCAUUGUCAUUCGUCCUUUACGUAUCAAACUAUUGCAGCUCAUGGGGAUCAUUUUGACAGUGUUUACGGGGUCGUUGCGUAAUUGCAGCCCAGGAGGUUUUCUUUACGUUGUUGCCCCAAUCACAAGCAAUGAUGCACAGAAAACAAACAAACAAAACCAAAAAAAACAAAAAACGCUACAUCCUCCUUUUUGCCGACUUCAAAUAAAUAGAACACUGGGAACAAAUAGCUUUUUAAUGGGAUUUGUGGGCUUCCUCCUCAUCAAACCUCUUGCCACAAGUCUGUCUGUUUAUAUAAAACAAGCGCACCCGUCUGGAUGUCAACUGGCUUUGUUUUUUGGUUUUUUUUUUUUUUUUCGUCCCGCUUGCAAAAGCAGUCAACAUUGUCAACGAGUUGCUAAACAUUUGCCUCGCGUUCGAGAUUGAAAAGGCAUCUGCAUGUCGACCACCGACCACACGUCUUCGUUCUCCCCUUUAAAUGAUUAUUGAUGGACCCUAUUAAAAGCCAAACCGCU